AUGGAGUACAUCAAGAUCGCCAAAGUCUCUAAUGUGGUACUGCAUAGAAGAGGCACGGCCACGCAAGGCACUUUGCACUUGACUACUCAUCAUUUGAUCUUUGAAUCACCGCAACUGUCGACGGAAUUCUGGUUCCCCUAUCCGUUGAUUUAUGGAGUGCAUAAAAACCCGGGUAGUACAUUGCUGUCGAAGUUGACCUCAACCAACCAAAUACAAUUGGAAGGUACAGAUUCUCAGAACUACAAACUUUACCAGGGCAAAGAUCUUUGGUCGUUUGUGAAUAUCAAGAUUAUCGGGAAGGAUUAUGUGGUGUUCUCGUUGGAUUUUGGCAGUGAUUUGCACUCACAGGCAAGAAAAGUGUAUGAUUCCAUCUUAAAUCUGACCGUCGUCAACAAUAUCACGCAGCUAUACGCCUUUAUUUACAUUUCCAAUAAUCUGGAAAAGAAAUUGCCUCUGCCAAGUAGCUGGGAAAUAUAUGAUCCAAUUAGCGAAUUUCGAAGGCAAGGCCUCGACGAUUGUGAUGAAUCUUGUCCCUGGAGAUUAUCUACGGUAAAUGAGCAUUAUGAUUUUUGUCCAACUUAUCCUUCAAAACUUUUUGUACCGAGAUCUACUUCGGAUAUAUUAUUAAAACAUGCUUCUAAGUUUAGAUCACAAAAAAGAAUCCCUGUUUUGACUUAUCACCACAAGGCGACAGACUGUAACAUUCUUAGAUCGUCCCAACCUUUGCCUGGCUUAAUCAAUCAGAGAUCUAUUCAAGAUGAAAAAUUGGUCCUGGAGAGUUUUAGCUCAUUUUGUAAUAAAGAUAUCAAGAGAAACAAGCAUAUGAUAGUGGAUGCAAGACCCAGGACCAAUGCGUUGGCGCAAAUGGCCCUUGGUGGUGGGACGGAAAAUAUGGACAACUACAAUUUUUUUUUAGCGAAUGAUAACCUAGGUGUUGAUAAAAGUAUAAAACUGCCCACUGUGACAAGACUAUUUCUCGGUAUAGAUAACAUCCAUAUUGUAUCCAACACAGCUGCAUACAUGACAGAAAUUAUCUGCCAAGCUGGCGACUUGAAUCUACCUUUGGAACAAAAUUUGAUCAAGUCGCAAAAAUUCUCCAAUUGGUUGAAAUUGAACACUCUUAUUUUGAAAUCUGUGGACAUGCUUCUGAAAUCCAUAAUAUUCAAUCAUUCUAACGUGCUGGUUCACUGUUCGGACGGUUGGGACAGAACCAGUCAAGUUGUUUCGCUGUUAGAGAUUUGUCUAGAUCCAUUUUAUAGAACUUUUGAAGGGUUUAUGAUACUAGUGGAAAAGGACUGGUGCUCCUUUGGUCAUAGGUUCUUGGAAAGGAGUGGUCAUCUAAAUUCUGACAUUAGGUUUCAUGAUAACACUAUGCAUUCCCUGUUUAAUGACAGUGAUACAAAUGGCGAUAAUCUUGACGUGGAUGGUAACAACCAAGAUGACUAUGGCGAAGAUGAUGACAACGAUGAAGAGGAUACAAAUUUAAUCAAUUUAAGUAGGAUUUCUAAGAAAUUCAACGAAAAUUUCAGAUUGAACAAGAAAAGUCUGAAGUUCGUUUCCCCUGUUUUUCAGCAAUUUCUAGAUUGUGUGUAUCAAUUGUUGACGCAAGAUCCAGAUUCAUUUGAGUUCAACGAGAGAUUUCUGAGAAGGUUAGUGUAUCAUCUGUAUUCAUGCCAAUAUGGAACAUUCCUUUCAAACAACGAAAGGGAAAAAUUCCAACAGAACUUACCAAACAAGACUGGAAGCGUCUGGGAUUAUUUUAGAUCUCGACGGAAGCAAUUCAUAAAUCCGACCUUUGAAUGCAGAAAAACUAGCAGCGAAAAGAAGGAUGAUGAUCAUGGAGCUGAGGAGGAGGAAAAAGUGGAGUGGAUUUCGCCAGACUUGAAGAAAAUCCAUUGGUGGUGGCAGUUAUAUGGAAAAAAAGACGCAGAAAUGAACGAUGAGCUACGCCAUAAAAGAGAUCCGCCAUCACUACCAGUGGACAACAAUAGUAAAGGGCAUUGUAAUUCUGACAGUGGUAAGGGUUUAAACCUAUCAAUUUUUGGGUUUGAUAUGUUUAAUAGAAAAUGA